AAAGAACGAAACAAAAAAAAAAAAAAAAAAAAUCCACCAAACCCACUAGGUACUUCCAAAAAUAAAGAACCACCUGCCACAUAACCAACCAUAUUAAACAUGGACCAUAUAAACCCUCAUCAAUUUCCACAUUUUUAAAAUAAUAAAAAACCCCACAAAACGAGAAUAAAACAAACAUAAAAACUCGUGGCACAAAAUCAGACACACGAAGAAACCAAACACAAACCAUGUCACCACCACCACAUCUCUUCUCCACCGCCGCUCUCCUUGCGGUCCUCUUCCUCUUGGCGGCGGAGGCUACGGUGGCGCGCAGCAAUUUCGAGGCCUCGUGGCAGCCGUUCAGGAACUUGAAGGCGAGGAAGGUGACGGCGGUAGCCCAGUUCUCGGUGAAGGAGUACAACAAGGCUUAUCCGGAUCGCCCGCCGCUGAGCCUGGUGAGCGUCGACAAAGGCGAGUUUCUCAAGGCCGUCGGCGCCAACUACCACCUCUACAUCACCGCCGCCGCCGGCCGUCUCGGCCGUGGGAAGUACCAGACGUUUGUGUUCGAGUAUCGGACGGGGAAGUGGGAAUUGACGUCGUUUGUGCGAAUGGAUCGAGGCUAGCUGUAGCGACGAAGGAUCUGGUGGCAAUAGAGUUAUUAAUAUUUUUCUUAUUUUUUUUAUUUGUACGUUACAAUAAUUGAUGCCUUUAUAAUGUGCUAAAGUGUGGCCCAGUGGAAUGUUGUAUUAUAUAUGAUAGUGGUGAUGCAUAUGAAUAUAUUGUUGUUGUUGUUGUUAUAUAUGUGUAUUUUAAAUUACUUCAAAAUUGUAGAUUUGAGGAUUAAUAUCUAAUUACGUAAGCAGAAGUGUUUUGAAAGUAAAUAUUAUUGUCGGCUUUUGUUGCUCGUCAUAAAGUUAUUUUAUUGAUAGUUGAGUACACCACCGAUUAUUUCUCUUUCGGUACCUAUAUGGAAAGUGAUUUGGAUUCCUCUUUAUGACCGACGAUUAAGAAGAAGAAGAAACGAUUAUCUAGGGAAUGAUCGACUUAUACUUGCUAUCAUCCGAAAUUACUUCUGGCUUUUUGUGAUACUUGAUCUUCUGAUCUUCACACUGGAGAUCGCAGUAUUGAUCGCACAGCUUUACAUCGCCCAGACUGCAAGAAAGAUCGCACUUCUUGAAACACGACGCGUAGUCCGCCAACUCCACUGCUUGAUUGUUUGGAGUCGAACUCAAAAUCACUAGCAUUAACAUGACUCCAAUCAUCACCAUCUUCAUUCUCGAUUUCACCAACAAAUUAUGAUUUGAUUCUUGAAGGUGUUGUAUGUGUAUAUGUUCUCCAUAGCUCUUUCCCUCCUUUUUAUAAUAAGUUAAUACAACGUGGGAGAAUCUGUAAUGUACGCUGGCGUGCAUAGAGCAUAUAACAACUUUGAGAUUGAGUAUUAAAUUUGUAAUCAAUACAUGAGAGUUUUCAUUUCAACUCUUUUCUUAUGUAGUCACUCUUUGGGAUACUCUUUUCAGUCAAACUUAUUGUAUUUUUCCUCUUUUGUUUUUUCUUCCCAUUUUUAAGAUCUGGCCGGUUUUUUUAUAAAGUUGGUUGAAUGUUUAUAUAGGCACAGAGUUUCAUUUUGCAACCUAACUAAAAUUGUAUAUUAAUUACAAACGUACAAAUGAAAAGUAUAAACAAUAUCCGCAUUAAUUAUUAAUUAAAUGUUUCAACCCUUCAAGUCAAAACUGUUCACAUUAUUUCCUUACAAAUAAUGGGAAAGAGAUUUUCUCAACCUCCUAUAUAUGAGAAGGGAAGAGCUCUAUAUAUGCAGCCAUACAUCACACUCUGGUGAAAGAAGAGAAAUCAAGAUUGGUAGAGGGUUUUUGUUGAAGAAAAAUGAAGAUGAUGAUUGGAGUGGUGAUUGUAAUGCUAGUAAUUUCGAGCUCGAUGAAUCAACGAGUUUCAGGAGGUUAUGCGUGUUGUUUAAAGGCUUGCAUGAAAGACAUCUGCAAACAUACUUAUCCUAUUUGUCUUGCUAGGUGCUCUACACUGUGUCAUCAUAGUGGUCCUUCGAAUUGCGAGCAACAACGGGAAGAAAAAGUUCGAGCAAUUCAUACCGAUUUUAAGCCUGAUCCAUAGUUUCUCGUCUUCAUGUUUCUGACGGAAACCAAGCUUUCGAUAUUGCGUCCUUUCAAUCAAUAAGUUAAUACUAGUUUCCAAGAUCAAGCAUAUUUCUUUUGUUAUUGUUUGUUAAACUGGAAGGCAACUUUUCGAGAUCAAGUAUACAUUCAAAGUAACACAAUUUUUAAGUUAAUGUAUCUUAUGACGGUGUGUGUCUUUUUAAAUUGGUAGUAUUUUUUUAUGACACGUUUUAUCUUAUUAUGGUUCAAUUGUACAUUCCCUUUGGUACCCUUUAGAGAUAACUACCAUAAAGUCAUAAACACAUAAAAGACACAUCAUUUAAUAGAGGGAUCCGCGACAAUAAAUUUUUAGGAUUUUGCCAAACAGAAAAGAAGCAAAGAAUAUCCAACAUAACUAUCGAAUCUUUUUAUAUGGAAAUUGCUCAUUCUAUUUCCUUGUAAAUAGAAGAAAAUCCAAUCCUUCCACUCUUGUCUACCAUUACAAGAAGCCGCGAGAGGGUAGAGUCCUAACUAUAAGAGGAAGAAAAAGAGUGAAAAUAGCUACAGAGAAACAUCCACAAUACCUCGUAAGUCUGAGAAAUUUUCAUACAUUGAAGUCGAAAGAGAAGAUGAAGACGAAGAUGAUGCUUGUAGUCAUGUUCUUGGUAAUUCUAGCUUCGACAAGUCAUAUAUUUGCAGGUUACGAGGAGUGUUUCGAUUAUUGCACGACUCAUUGUAAGCAGAGGGAUUAUGAGGAUUGUCUUAUUUAUUGUUAUAAGAAGUGUCAUCAGGGAGUUAACAAACCCGCAGAGAAUCCAAAAAUUGAGAGUAGUAAUAAUACCACUUCUGAAUUGGUUAAAUAGUUCUUUUCCGCUCACCUAUAUAUGUUGUCCUAGUGCCUAUGUUUGAUCUGUCAUUGUGCAACGAACUAUCAAUAAAGGGUCUCUACUUGUUUCUUGAGAUCAUCUUCACCCUUAUUCUUUAUGUUUCACCUUAUUGUUCACUACUCCAUUGAUAUAUUUAACAACGUAUAAACCAAAUUAAAAAUGCAACAAAUAUUUGAUCCUUUUUUUUUUAUCAAGUCGUCCUGUAAAGAAUAAUGUCAAUUCCAUAUCAUCAUCUAAUGGAUAGAAAGACCUUUUAUUUUUAUUAUUGAUCGGUUGCAGCUGGAUUAUGUAACCUCAUCUUCGGAUUGAUUAAGUUCUCAAGAUUCCGAUAAAAAAAAAAGGAACAGGGAAUGCAAAUUUGUUUACAGAUCCGGUAAUCGGUAGAAGAGCCUUUGAAAUAAUUAAAAAUUACGAAAUGCCCAAGUUUCAUUUUGCAACCUAACUAAAAUUGUAUAUUAACUACAAACGUACAAAUGAUAAGUAUAAACAAUAUCCGCAUUAAUUAUUAAUUAAAUCUUUCCACCCUUCAAGUCAAAACUGUUCACAUUAAUUCCUUACAAAUUAUAGGGGAGGGGUUACGGUACUAAUUGUACAAUAGUUAGCACCGUCCUAACCAAGGGAAAAACUACUACUAGUUUGAAUUAGUAGUGAUUUAGCUUAGAUGUUGUAUUGAUUUUAUAAUAAUCCGUAGUGAUUUUUGCUAGUUAUCACGGUGCUAACCCUUAUAGGGGUUAGCACCUAAUCCCAUCCCAAAUUAUAGGAAAUAGAUUUUCUCAGCCUCCUGUAUAUGAGAAGGGAAGAGCUCUAUGCAGCCAUACAUCACACUCUGGUGAAAGAAGAGAAAUCAAGAUUGGUAGAGGUUUUUUGUUGAAGAAAAAUGAAGAUGAUGAUUGGAGUGGUGAUUGUAAUGCUAGUAAUUUCGAGCUCGAUGAAUCAACGAGUUUCGGGAGGUUAUGUGUGUUGUUUAAAGGCUUGCAUGAAAGGCAUCUGCAAACAUACUUAUCCUAUUUGUCUUGAUAGGUGCUCUACACUGUGUCAUCAUAGUGGUCAUUCAAAUUGCGAGCAACAACAGGAAGAAAAAGUUUGAGCAAUUCAUACCUAUUUAAAGCCCGAUCCAUAGUUUCUCGUCUUCAUGUUUUUGACGGAAACCAAACUUUCAAUAUCGCGUCCUUGGAAUCAAUAAGUUCAAUAAUGCGAACUUCCGAGAUCAAGCAUAUUUCUUUUGUUAUUGUUUCUUAAACUGGAAGGGCGGCUUUUCGAGAUCAAGUAUACAUUCAAAGUAACAUAAUUUUUAUGUUAAUAUAUCUUAUGACGGGGUGUAUCUUUUUCAAUUGGUAGUAUUUUUUUAUGACAUGAUGUAUCUUAUUAUGGUUCAAUUGUACAUUCCCUUUGGUACCCUUUAGAGAUGACAAUCGCACACAACAAAUUAAAUUAUGAUCUAUUCCAUUGACCAAAUUCGAAAACCUUUGAGAAAUUAGAAUUGGGUUCAACCUCGAUCACCACCAGUCCACCACAUUGUCCCCGCAAGUACUAGUUUUGUAAGCAAUAACGAUGAUGGUUCGAAUCACGGCAAGAACUACCAUCACCACCGCCUCCGUUUGUUCUGGUUAUGUUUUUUUCUUCUUUUAAUUACAGAUAUAACUACCAUAAAGUCAUAAACACAUAAAAGACACACGUCAUUUCAUAGAGGGAUCCGCGACAAUAAAUUUUUAGGAUUUUGCCAAACAGAAAAGAAGUAAAAAAAUAUCCAACAUUAACUAUUGAAUCUUUUUAUAUGGAAAUUGCUCAUUCUAUUUCCUUGUAAAUAGAAGAAAAUCCAAUUCUUCCACUCUUGAGUCUUGUCUACCAUUACAAGAAGCCACGAGAGAGUAGAGUCCUAAUUAUAAGAGGAACAAAAAGAGUGAAAAUAGCUACAGAGAAACAUCCACAAUACCUCUCAUAAGUCUGAGAAAUUUUCAUACAUCGAAGUCUGGAAGAGAAGAUGAAGACCAAGAUGAUGCUUGUAGUCAUGUUGUUGGUAAUCCUAGCUUCGACAAGCCAGACAUUUGCAGGUUACGAGGAGUGUUUCGAUUAUUGCACGACCCAUUGUAAGCAGAGGAAUUAUGAGGAUUGUCUUAUCUAUUGUUAUAAGAAGUGUCAUAAUCAAGAAGCUAACAAACCUGCAGAAAAUCCAAAAACUGAGAGUAGUAGUAAUAAUACCAAUUCUAAAUUGGUUCAAUAGUUCUUUCCCGCUCACCUCUGUUGUCACAGUGCCUAUGUUUCAUCGUCAUUGUGUACUGAACUAUCAAUAAAGGGUCUCUAGUUUCUUGAGAUCAUCUUCACCAUUAUUCUUUUAUGUUUCACAGCUCCAUAUAAAUAUAUAUGUUUAACAUCUUAGAAACCAAAUUAAAAAUGCAAGAAUACACACAAGGAAUGCAAAUCCGCUUUGACAAAAAGGCAGCUAAUUAAUACCAUUUUACCAC